AUGUGUCGUGCAGGAGACGUGGCCGAGGAGCUGCUGGCGCCUGCCGUCGAGCGUGCCGUCGAGGCGUCGCGUGCGAUGACGUCGCAGGUCGCUUGCGCCGAUUUGGACGCGAGCGUGCAGAGCCAGCGAUUGCUCGUCGACAAGGCGCUCGAGACGAUGGCACCGGACAUGUGGGAGCGGCUCACUGCUAAGGCUGCUGCCGGCGGAGGCGGAGGCGGCGACGCGCGCGACGCGGCGUUGCUCGCAGAGGCGAAGGCGGAGGUGGUGCGUGUGGCGUCCGCCGCGCAGGCUCGCGCUGUGGCGGUUGCGAGGCGAGAGGAGAAGAUGCACAUCCUGCUGCACGAGGCGGUGGAGGAGGCGAGAGAGGCAACGGAUCGGCAGCGCGCCGAGGAGGCGCCGAGGUCUAGCCGAGAGAUUGAAGAUACCCAGUCGGCGCUCGAUUUGGCCGCCGAGCGCGCCGAGGCUGAGAAGCGGGAGGCGCGCGCGGUCGGCGGUCGCGAGCGCGCUCAAGGAGGCAUCCGAGAGGCUGCAGAGGACAAGGCGCUCGCCAUCCAGCAGGCCGUCAAGGCAGCCGAGCAGCGGAUGAGCCAGAGCCGCGCGGUGGUGGCGGAGCGUGGGGUGAUGGAGGCGGCGAUGCGGGCGGCCGACCAGCGAGUCGCCGAUGAGCUGGGCCGCGAGCGGGCGGCGAGGCGGGAGGCUGAGGAGCGGCUGCAGGCGACGGAGCUGCGCCUCGGCGCCGCCCUCGAAGCUCACGAGCGGCAGCGGGUGAGGACGGUGGAGGCGAGCGCCAUGCAAGCGCUCGUGGGGCAGAGCGCCGACGCGGCACGGAGCGUGCGCGAGGCGGCGGAGGCGAAGCUAAGCCGCGAGCUCGAUGCCGCGGAGGUCCGGCACGCGGCGUCGCAGAAAAGGGCGGUGAGCGCCGCCGUGACGGAGGCGCUCGCACAGCGCAAGGCCGCCGAGGAGCGGGCGGUGCAGCGCGCCGUCUCGUCCGCCGUUGGCGACGCGGAGCGCGCUGCCCAGCCGGCGCUGCAGAAGCAGGAGGAGGUGGAGGCGGCGAUCCGGAGGGCCGAGGAGCGCGCGAGGGAGAUGGAGCGGAUGCAGGCGUCGCAGGUCGAGAAUCGGAUCAAGGAGCUCGCGCAGGACGUCGCGUCGCAGCCGGCGGCCGUGCAGAAGCAGAUCCGCGCGGCGGUCACCGCAGUCGAGGACCGGAACGCUCGCCAGCUGGCGCAGGUGCACCAGACGUACAAGGAGGCGGCGGACGAGCAGCAGCUGCAAAUCAAGGAGCUGCUCCAGCAGGCAGCGCACGAGCACGGGCGGCACCAGCAGGAGGCGGCCGUGACCGCCGCGGAGGAGCGGAUGCGCCUCGAGGCCGAGGAGGAGAAGGCGGAGGUACUCGACGCGACUCGAGCCGCCAUCAAGGUCGCCGCGAUCCAGCAGGCGGAGGAGGUCGACUCGUUGGUCGCGCAGCUCGCCGAAGUGACGGCGGAGAGGAGGCGGCAGGCGGACGAGAUCGCCCUGCUCCGCCAAGAGCGCAGUGAGCUCGAGCUGAAGCUCGGCCACCACUUCCUCGGACCAGGCUAG